CAGCCGUAAGGCGGGGCCGAGCCGUCGUAAGGCAGCCGGCGAGCAGGUGCUGUCUUCGCUCUGUCCGCUCCGCCGGUGUCAUUGGGCUCCGAGGACCGGCGGCGAGGGCACUGCGGGCGGCUUGGGGUCCCGCACGGCCAUGGCGGGCGCGCUGGUGCGGAAGGCGGCGGACUAUGUCCGGAGCAAGGACUUCCGAGACUACCUCAUGAGUACGCACUUCUGGGGCCCCGUAGCCAACUGGGGUCUUCCCGUCGCCGCCAUCAAUGACAUGAAGAAGUCCCCAGAGAUCAUCAGUGGGCGGAUGACAUUCGCCCUCUGCUGUUAUUCCUUGGCAUUCAUGAGAUUCGCCUACAAGGUGCAGCCUCGCAACUGGCUCCUGUUUGCGUGCCAUGCCACAAAUGAAGUAGCCCAGCUCAUCCAGGGCGGACGGCUCAUCAAGCACGAGUUGACUAAAAAGGCAUCAGCGUAACAAUGGACCUGGAGAACUGACUCUUUGAAGGGGAGGCUGCGACCUGCUGCUGCUGAGUCAGGAUUGCUUCAUGAUGGGGUUGCUGAGGAAGACAUGCGGAAGGCUGUUUUUACUAAGCAGACCAUUUUUGUAGACAUGGCCGAGAGUCCGUAAGCCAGUGCUCGGCUGCCUUACAAGUGCUGAAUGUUUUAGUUCUCAUAAAGACUAGCUCGAAAUAUGCAAUGAUUUUAGUGAUUCCCAAUGAUGGUUUUAUCUGCAGUAACAUGUAUGUUACCAGGAUUCGUUAAUGAAAACUGAAGAGAACAAGGUUUGUAACUCUCAGCUCUUAAGCACUCAGAGCUCUUGACUUUAGCGAUCACGAGACGACUGGCAGCUGGCCGCAUGCAGCAGCUCGUCACCCCUGCUUGAGCAAGUGUGUCCCACGCAGUGCGCGUGCUGCAGCGCUCUGACUUCAUGGCAAUAAACGACUGAAACAUGUGUCCAUUGA